AUGUGGGCAGAUGUCAUCGCUGUGCUUUGCUCCCGGCAGGGAAAGCGGGCGCAGGUCACAGCCACCGGCUCAACCCCAAACGCCGGGGGCAGCGCCACCAUUCGCGGCCUGCGGGCGCGUUCGCGUCGCAGCAGUAGCCGUGCGGGCGGCCCAGGCCGCUCACUGCUGCUCGCGCUCCUGCUGGGGGCCCGCGGCUGCUGGCUGCGGGUGACGGGCCGCUUCUCAUCCCGCAGCCUGCUGGAGCUCUCGCUGAGCCCGGGCCUGCGCACGCUGAACCUGCACGGAAACCGCGUCGCCCGCAUCGAGGGGCUCGCGCAGCUGCGGGGCCUGCAGCACCUGGACCUCUCCUCCAACCGCAUCCGCCGCAUGGAGGGGCUCGGCGCCCUGCGCAGCCUGCGCACGCUCAACCUCUCCUGCAACCUCAUCGACAGCGUGCAAGGACUGGAAAAUCUCCUUAAUUUAACUGUACUGAACUUGUCGUAUAACCGCAUACAUGAUCUCUCUGGACUUAAGUGCCUUCAUGGAACCAGCAGCAAGAUGAGUCAUAUUGAACUGCACGGUAACUGCAUAAAUGAUAUUAAUCAUUUACUUCAGUGCACAAAGGGACUGCACUCUUUGACCAGUCUCACAUUAGAGAAAAAUGGAAAGACCAACCCAGUUUGCCACACAGCAGGUUACAGAGAAGUUGUUCUUCAGACUUUGCCCCAGCUAAAAGUUCUAGAUGGAAGAAAUACUUAUGGUGAACCAGUAGAAGAAAAGGCAGAAGAAAACUUGCAGUGUUUAGACGAUAUUUUGGACUACUUGGUUUCAUCUACAAACCCCAUAUAUGAACAUAAGAACUGUGCUACGUUGCCUAUGGUGACACCUCAUAUUGACCAGGCGUUAGCCCAUUUUCGUCAACGAACAAGAAUGUCACUGCAAAGUGCUGUCAGCUCCUCUACGGAGGCCAUCUCCUCUUCAGAACCAGAAAAGGCCAAACAGGAUAAAAUACACAGUGAGAUGAGGAUUAAAAAAAUAGAAGAUCAGAUUUCCCAGAUACUGCAAAAGGUAUCUGAUGACUCAAAGAAGGAUGCUCCUCCACAUGUUCUCAAAGCUAAGAGAGACACAGAUCCAACUUCUGAGAGUGACCAUGAGAGUGGGAAAGAAAACAACCGAAAAGUUGUGAAAAGAAGCAAGAUCCCUCCCUGCCGAAGAACUGCUUCAUCUACUAAGAGUCAUUCCAGUCAUCCCAAGAGCAAAGUAACUAACAGAGAAGAGAAAGUUUUGUCCAAGUGUCCAUGCUCCAAUCAGAGAAACUCUCAUGUCAGUUCAUCGGAUACCCCAGACCUGGAAGUAAUGGGAAGAAGAGCUGAAUUAUUAAUAGGAAAGCAGAACCAUACAGAAAAAAUAGAAGAAACUACUUCAAAUGCCCCAGGGGAAUCCACAUACCGAGCACUGAUUCAGGAAUUGGAUCAGGAGAAAGAAAGGAGGUGGAAAGCAGAACAAGCUGAGAAGAAACUAAUAGAACAUGUCAAAGAACUAGAGAAACAUGCGAAAGAAGAAAAGAAUAUUCAGAGUAUGGCUGUGUACACUACAGAUAGAUUAAAGGAAUUGAUACUGAAAGAGAGAGAGGUUAAAACAAGAUUGCAAGCAGAUGUCCAGCAAUUGAAAGGUGAAGCUGAAAGACUUACUAAUGAGUUAAAUCAGGCAAAAAAUAAAGAAGCGGAAUAUCAGAAGGCCAUGCAAGCUUUAGAAGAAACACUGGCUAAGAUGGAGACCCAGAGACUGCAGCAACGAACAGCAGAGAUGAAGCAGGUUCAAGAAGCAGAGCUUAGAGCAUCAGCAAAUGAAAGAGAAGUACAAUUGCUCCGGGUAUCAAUUCGACAACAGAAGGAGAAGGUAAAACAACUACAUGAACUUCUCAUAUUAAGAGAGCAAGAACAGAGGAAAGAACUUGAAACUCGAGUUGUUUUACAUGGACCUGAAUUCCAGCAUGUCUUGUCAAAGGAAAUGGCUAAAGAAGAGCAGAGACAUGAAGAGCGUGUUAAAGAAUUGCAGGAGAAAAUUAAUGGGUUAAACCAGAAAUAUAUGGAGUUAGAAGAUGAAUUUCGUUUAGCUUUAACUAUUGAAGCAAAAAGGUUUAAAGAGGUUAAAGAUGCGUUUGAAAAUGUUGCUGCUGAGCUAGCUGAACAUAAACAGGCCCUCUUUCAGUCUGAACAAAAGGAAGAGCAGAUGGCAAGUCUGAUCCAAGACCUGACAAGCAUAGUGAAAGAACAGAAAGAAAAAAUUACAGAAUUAUUAAAAUCAAAGCAAGAAGCCACAGCAAAUCUCAAG